AUGGAGACAUCUAUGGUGUUGACGCGUGCUAGCUUAACAUUUUUUAUGGUUUGGAUUUUCUGUAUAUCAUCUACAGCAUGUUCCGAAACGUACAAGCCUCUAAGGACAGACCCGAAAGCUAUGAAGGAGAGGUACGAAAGGUGGCUGCAAAAAUAUGGCCGGAUAUAUAAAAAUAGAGAGGAAGCGGAAUACCGUUUUGGGGUUUACAAAUCUAACAUUGAGUUUGUUGAUUUCGUAAAUUCUCAAAAUCAAUCAUACAAACUCACUGACAACAAAUUUGCAGAUAUCACAAACUUAGAGUUUACAAACACCUUCAUGGGUUUCCAAACUAGGAGUCAUCCGAAAACGAAGUUCAGUUAUGACAAGGAUGAGGAUCUUCCGACUGCAGUGGAUUGGAGAAAGAAUGGUGCAGUAACUCCAAUCAAGAAUCAAGGCCAAUGUGGAAGUUGUUGGGCAUUCUCUGCAGUAGCAGCUGUGGAAGGCAUUAACCAAAUCAAAACUGGAAAAUUGGUGUCACUAUCAGAACAAGAGCUUGUGGACUGCGAUGUCAAAACCGGGAAUGAAGGCUGCAAUGGUGGAUACAUGGAAAAAGCGUUUAGUUUCAUAAAAGAUAACGGACUCUCCACUGAAAAGGAUUAUCCUUACAAAGGAUCAGAUGGCAUAUGUGAUGAAGAUAGUUUGAAAAACCAUGCUGUGAACAUAAGUGGUUAUGAAAGCAUACCUGCCAAUAGUGAGAAAAGCCUCCAAGCUGCAGUUGCACACCAACCUGUCUCUGUUGCAGUUGACGCUGCCAGUUAUGCUUUUCAAUUCUAUUCUUCAGGUAUCUUCACUGGCCAAUGUGGAAAGAAUCUCAACCACGGGGUCACAGCGGUUGGCUAUGGGGAAGAUAGUGGUAAAAAGUACUGGAUUGUAAAGAAUUCUUGGGGUCCUGACUGGGGUGAAUCUGGUUAUAUAAGAAUGACACGUGAUUCAGUUGAUAAGAAAGGUACCUGCGGCAUUGCCAUGCAGGCUAGCUACCCUGUUAAGGGUUGAGCAGUGUUGAUGGGAAAUUAACCUUUUCUGGAAGUACAAUAGAAAGGUAGCUAGACAAGUUCCUUUUAUGUAGUAAUUUCAUGUAAAAUCAAGGUAAAAUAUGCAAGUGUGGAAUUCCAAUAAAUAACAAGUAAGGUUUAUACAAAGAAAAGAGGGAAACUAAAAAAAAGGAACAACAAAGGCCACCCAAAACAUAGGUCAUUUCAAAAGGAGAAGAGAACUACUUUUGAAGAUGUUAGCAAAAUCUUUGUAUUAGAAACUUCGUUUCAAUGGGAAAAGAAGAGCAUUUCUUAUUCUGUCAA